UUCUAUGAAGGAGAAUGAUUAAGGUGACCAUUAAGAAACUAAAGGAAACAUUAGCGCAGCAUACGUCAUACCUUUGACGUCAGAAAAACUCCCCAUAGUAGCUUUUCACUUAAUAGCACAAUUAGAAGUACUUCAUUCAUUGUCGUGAAUCGUCGUGUUCAUUGCAGUGUACUGCAGAGAAUUAUAUGUGAACCAACUUGUUACUUAUCUGAACAACCAUGGUUGUAAAGUGUUUUGAAACUUUUCGUGCCAUCGAUUUUUGGAACAGAAGAAAUCAGCUAAACUUCCCUGGAAUUGUUCGUUUGGAGCACCAUCAAGUUAUUUUGAAGCUCUUUAACGGUACCUGUGAAAAUUACGAAAAACCAGAAAACCUGAGAAAAAAUCGUUACAACAUUCCAUGCUGGGAUCACAACCGGGUAAUUUUGAAAUCUGGCGGUGGAAGUGCAUCGGAUUAUAUCCACGCAAAUUACGUUGAUGGAUUUGAAGAUAAUAAAAAAUUCAUCUGCACUCAAGGACCAAUGGAGGAAACUUGCAACGAUUUUUGGAAGGCAGUUUGGCAGAAUAAUUGUUAUAUUAUAGUGAUGUUAACUCCCACAAAAGGAACGAAAGGAGAAGAACUCUGCUAUCAGUAUUGGAGCCUCAAUAAAGAUUCGAAAACUACGACUGAAGAUUUUGUGAUUGAAACUGUGAACACAAGUGUGCAGCCAACUUAUACUUUGACAACAUUAUGUAUUACAGACAAAACUUCAAACGACUUACGAAAAAUUAGUCAUUACCAGUAUACCGAAUGGCCAGUUGAUGAAACCCCGACAAAUCAUGUGGAUUUUAUCAAAUUUAUCAAGAUUAUAAACACCAACAAGCAAAAAAGCGCCUCGAAUAAUCAACAGCAGCUGUUAAGCCCAAUUGUGGUACAUUGUAGUGACGGUGUAAAAAAGACAGGAAUUUUUUGUGCAGUGGAUAUUUCAUUAAAUCAAUUAGUGCGAAUGAAAACAGUGUCAUUGGCAAACACAGCGGAAAGAAUUCGACAGCAACGCCACUCAACCAUCUCAACGCCAGAUGAUUAUUUAUAUUACAACCAGGUAAUCAUGUUUUACUGCAUCUUUUAUAUAAAAUUUUAGUGACUGUCACAAUCAAGAACUGCAGUUAAACAAAGUAGACGUAUUUUCGGUUAGCAACCACUCGAUUCAGCAGUGUGAACCCCGCUAAUCCGCCGAGUGUUAGAUCCACUCUAACAUGACGUGAAAAGCUUAAACCUAUAAAAAUGAAAUUGGUUUAUUGUUGGAAACAAAUCAGAGAAAUAAAACUGAAGUAGGCUAUUAUCUGUCAAUCGAACAGCAUCACAACUGGAUAAAACCACAGCCGGAUCGUAAAACUAAAACAUCCUAUACAUGAAAUUAUAUUGAAAAUUCUGAAUAUAAAUACCGGAUCAACCCAGAAUGAUUUCAGUCUAGU